UGAGAUGGACCUCCGGUCUGAAGGCGGCGCUGCUCGGCUCAGUGAGAGCCGGGAAACAGUGUUUCUUCCAGUAUCGCUGUGCACGAAGCGGGUCUAGUUCCUAGCCCAGCACCAAAGUAGAGGGGGGGGAGUUUGUGCGCUUAAAAUGGCUGUCAGCCAUAGCUAAUCCGUGAUUACACGGAGGAAGAGUGGCGGAGCUCGUAAAAAAACCGACACCUGCCGCUGACGGCACUGUAAAAACGGGCAGCUGAUCGAGGCGCUUGGCUGCACCGGAGACUUAAAAUAUCCGUUCAUGCAGUUCGUGGUAAAGCCUGAGAACAAGAACUAUAACAUUGGUGGUGGUGGGGGGGAGAAAAAAGAGAUGUGGAAACGGCGUGAACUCCUCCUCGGUGCUGUGGCCGGGAUGCGGCCGGUGCUGGCGGCGUGCCUGUGGCUGGGGUGCCUGGGGUGCCUGUCGGCGCCGGGCCGGGCCUGCGGGGGCGCACACGGCCCUUCCGGGGCCGGGGACCUGCUGCUGUGCCGGGCCUGCGGGCACGAAGUGGCGCUCGGCUCCGACCUCAAGUUCGUCGCCAGCGGGCUGGCCCUGGCGCAGCGCAACGGCACGGCCGUGGGAGGCCGGAGGGUGCCGGUCCAGCUCUUCCAGAACCCGCACGGCUCCCGGUUCCGGGUCGUCACGCUGCGCAGGGCGGCGGUGCGGCGGCACUGGCCGGCGGACGGGCAUUUCUCCUGGUUCCCGGGGUACUCCUGGACAGUAGCGACGUGCCCGCGAUGCCACACGCACCUAGGUUGGGGCUUCCAGCCCAGUGACUGGCCAGACCGGGUGUCGGACAGGGAGUUUGAAGACUCGGAGCAGACGUUUGUCGGGCUGAUCGUUGACAAGCUGCUGCAGGAAAACUUUGCCGCCUCUCUUCUGCUGACGCCAAAAACAUUUCAGAGCUAAACCCCCCAGCUUCCUUACAACUAACUGCCUCUCUGUGCCUGAAGCCUACUGGACUUUCUGGUUCAGCGUUUCAACUCCGUGUAAAAGAACACGUCUCCACCUUUAAGACUUAAAACUGGUGUCUAUGUGAAUUCCAAUCCUUUGUGCUCCAGUGUCGCCUCCACUCAAGUUCUUUUUAAUUUCAUACAGUGAAAAAUAAAAAUCAAACAUGUAGCUAUGAUAAAUGCAA